CACCCCCGCGGCGACUCGGGUUGGCGCAGAUUUGGGAGAAUCCCAGAACGGACAGUGACAGCCCAGUCCGGCGGAUCCGAGGCCCUCCCCACUGCUCCCGGCUCCGGAGCCUCCCCCUGCCUUGCCGCGAGGCCGCGCUCGGCUCCACCGCGUGCUCCCGGGGCUCGGAUUCUCCCGGAACCCGGCGGGCGGGGAUGUCUUCCGGGGCCGGCGCCGGAGAAGGGGCCGUUACUUUCCCAGAGUGGCGGGGCGACGUCAGGCGGAAGGGCGCGGGGCGCGCACGCUUUAAAUGGCAUUCGCUGUCAUUCGAGCUCGCAGCCGUGUGGGCAGGAGCGGGCUAUAUAAGCGGCAGGCCCGGCCGCCGCGGGCCAGACGGCGACAGCAGUGGUAGCAAGCGCCUGGGCAGCGUCCCCGGAGCCCCGCGACCCCCGACGGACCCGUCCUCCCACCCGCCCUCCCGAGGAGCGCUGGCCCGGGCCCGAGAGGGCCGCCGCCACCCCGCAGCAGAUUUGGAUCCUCCGCCCGGCGAGCCCCAGGCUGCUGCCUCCCGGGGCGCCCCGGCGCAGCGGCCGCCCCUGGAGAGCCCCGGUGCCCCGCCGCCAGACCCCGCAGACGCCGGCAGCGCCAUGGCGGCCGCCAAGCCCGGCGAGCUGAUGGGCAUCUGCUCCAGCUACCAGGCGGUGAUGCCUCACUUCGUGUGCCUGGCCGAUGAGUUCCCGCAGCCCGUGCGGCCCGUCAAGCUGUCCAAAGGCAAGGGCCGGUUGCGGCGGCCGCGCCAGUCCCGCUUCAAGACACAGCCGGUGACCUUCGACGAGAUCCAGGAGGUGGAAGAGGAAGGGGUGUCCCCCAUGGAGGAAGAGAAAGCCAAGAAGUCCUUCCUGCAGAGUCUGGAGUGCCUGCGCCGCAGCACGCAGAGCCUGUCGCUGCAGAGGGAGCAGCUCAGCGGCUGCAAACUGAGGAACAGCCUGGACUCCAGCGACUCCGACUCGGCCCUGUGAAGAGCGCCGCCCGGGGACCAAAAGUGCGAACCCCUAAGGGGCCUGCGGCGGGCACCGGGAGACCCCUGAGGACCGGGGACCGUCGCCCGCUGGCGCGCUUGGGCGCCCACCCCACAGCGAACUGGUUGAUGCGCCCCGCGCUGCGCUCGCCCUACCCAAGAGCGCGCGCGGGGACGCCGGGGAGGGUGGCGGCUUUCUUUGCCCUUGUAAAUGUUUAUUUUUUAACUCUUCCCAGUACGAACUCUGCUGUGAGUGUGUGCGGGAAGGCGGCCGGCCCGGAGUCGGCCCCGGGUCGCCUGGGCUUCCGGAAAGCUGCUCCACGCCCUUGUCCGAUGGUUUGCAACUCCGAUUUUGCACACCGCUCCACCGUGCCCCCCCAGCGCACACCCGUUCACACUCACGCAAACACACUCUCGCUGAACACUUUUAUAAUUGUGUCCGAUGGGACUUGGGGAGCAGCGCGGCUGCUGCUGCGGCCGAAGGAUUGAUAUUUAUUUUUGCAUUGCGAUGGCUGAUGGUGUUUAUUUAACGAUGUUUUUACAUGGAUAUGUCUGUGAGGCUCCCGAAUGGAGACGAAUAAAGCCAAUAUAUUUGCACAGUG